AUGAUACCAGUUAUAAUAGCUGUAGUGGUACAGACCUUAGACUUCUCCUUGGUGAAGGAGGUGUGGCCUGUUUUCUUCUACAUAGUGAAGGAGGUGUGGCUUGUGUUCUUUUAUAUAGUGAAGGAGGUGUGGCUUGUGUUCUAUAUAGUGAAGGAGGUGUGGCUUGUGUUCUUCUACAUAGUGAAGGAGGUGUGGCUUGUGUUCUUUUACAUAGUGAAGGAGGUGUGGCUUGUGUUCUUCUAUAUAGUGAAGGAGGUGUGGCUUGUGUUCUAUAUAGUGAAGGAAGUGUGGCUUGUGUUCUUCAUAGUGAAGGAGGUGUGGCUUGUGUUCUUCAUAGUGAAGGAGGUGUGGCUUGUGUUCUUUUAUAUAGUGAAGGAAGUGUGGCUUGUGUUCUUUUAUAUAGUGAAGGAGGUGUGGCUUGUGUUCUUCUAUAUAGUGAAGGAGGUGUGGCUUGUGUUCUUCUACAUAGUGAAGGAGGUGUGGCUUGUGUUCUUCUACAUAGUGAAGGAGGUGUGGUUUGUGUUCUUCUACAUAGUGAAGGAGGUGUGGCUUGUGUUCUUUUACAUAGUGAAGGAGGUGUGGCUUGUGUUCUUCUACAUAGUGAAAGAGGUGUGGCUUGUGUUCUUCAUAGUGAAGGAGGUGUGGCUUGUGUUCUUUUACAUAGUGAAGGAGGUGUGGUUUGUGUUCUUUUACAUAGUGAAGGAGGUGUGGCUUGUGUUCUUCAUAGUGAAGGAGGUGUGGCUUGUGUUCUUUUACAUAGUGAAGGAGGUCUGGUUUGUGUUCUUUUACAUAGUGAAGGAGGUGUGGCUUGUGUUCUUCUACAUAGCGAAGGAGGUGUGGCUUGUGUUCUUCUAUGUAGUGAAGGAGGUGUGGUUUGUGUUGUUCUACAUAGUGAAGGAGGUGUGGCUUGUGUUCUUCUACAUAGUGAAGGAGGUGUGGCUUGUGUUCUUUUACAUAGUGAAGGAGGUGUGGCUUGUGUUCUUCUACAUAGUGAAGGAGGUGUGGUUUGUGUUCUUCUACAUUGUGAAGGAGGUGUGGCUUGUGUUCUUCUCCAUAUUUAAGAAGGUGUGGCUUGUGUUCUUCUCCAUUGUGCAGGAGGUGUGGCCUGUGUUCUCCAUAUUUAAGGAGGUGUGGCUUGUGUUCUCCAUUUUGAAGGAGGUUUGGCUUGCGAGGUGUGGCUUGUGUUCUCCUCCAUAG